UGGUGAAAGCCUAGGGAUUGUACAAGAAACCGGCGAGAAGAAAGGAAUAUACCCACUCGCCGCAUUAGUUCAGCCGAUUGCAGCUCGGUUUAAAUAUCAUUUCGAAGGUGCCAGGCAAACGAAUCGACUUGACAAGCAUCGAAGCUUCAUGGAGUCUACAAUUCAGACUUUGUUAGGGGCGACUCAUUACAAGGCCUACAAUGCCCAAAAAGAGUUCACUCGUCUUUUAUUUCCAAUGCUUGCCAAGAAGUUGAGAAAAUCUAUGCCAGAACUCUUACAAGAUUCUGCGUUACUUGCUCAAACCAUCUACCAAGCCCUUAUGUUCGAUAAUCAGGUCAAAGAGGACGGUUUCAGUUUAGCUGGAACACUUGAUCCACCGCUCACUGUAGAUGGAAAGGUUGAGGAAUGGGAGGGUGUGAGUGAUGUGAUCUUGGGAACGAAGGAAUGGUUUGAUGCCUGGCUAGAGGGUGAACGACGCUGUAAGCCUGAUUUUACCUCCACUACGAG